GGUGGCGGUGGGGGGGGACCCCGUCUGGGGAGGGGGCGCUCCGCUAGCCUUUUCCAACCCGCUCCGUUUCCGUCCCCCGCGCCCGCCCCUCGGAGAAAUUAGGGACCUCGCCUUCCACCCCGCCCCCCGCUUCGCCUCCGAGCGGGGCUAGAGACCGAAGGCACGUCCCCAUCCUCCGCGGGGCGGGCAGCCCGAGCCCGCGCCCCCGAGGGCGGGAAACUACAACUCCCGGCAUGCCCCGGGCGCCCCCGCGGCCCCCCCGCAGUUCCAUGCUGCUCCCUCCAGUUCAUUUAAAACAAAAGAGUUUGAGCGCUGGAAGGGGCUGGGCUCGACUGGGGGCCACUGGGCGCCGCUCCCGGACCGGGGCUUGGUGCGGGAGCCCGAGAGGGGCGUCUGGACGGCGGGGUCUAGAGCCGCCCGGGUCGGAGGCGGGAGGGGUGGGGGCAGAGAUCCCGCAGCCCCCCGCCCCGCGUCACCCCCGGAGAGGAAAGGAGAGCUGCUUCCUCGGUUUUGCUUCUCUUUCCCCCACCCCCACCCCGGGGGCUGGGGCGAGGGGAGUCGGGUUACAGGGUGUUUGGGGAGGGGGGCUUAGGGGGAGGGUCUAUCUUUCUAUCUCGCUUUCUUCCCCCCUCCCCAGUUCUUUGUUCCCCCUCCCCACACGCCCCCCUCCUCUCCCCUCCCCUCCUCGCUCCUCUCUUCCCUUCCACCUCCUCUCUCCCUCUCUCCCCCAGCUUUUGUUUCGCCAUGCCUAGUCUAGUGGUAUCUGGAAUAAUGGAAAGAAAUGGGGGCUUUGGAGAACUAGGAUGUUUCGGGGGAAGCGCUAAGGACCGAGGGUUGCUGGAAGACGAGCGCGCCCUUCAGCUGGCUCUCGAUCAGCUCUGCCUCCUGGGUUUGGGGGAGCCCCCCGCCCCCACGGCGGGCGAGGACGGGGGAGGUGGGGGGGGCGGCGCCCCCGCGCAGCCGGCCGCCCCCCCGCAGCCGGCCCCGCCGCCGCCGCCUGCGGCGCCCCCGGCCGCCCCGCCGGCGGCCCCCGCGGCGCAGACGCCCCAGCCCCCCACUGCCCCCAAAGGGGCCAGCGACGCCAAGCUCUGCGCUCUCUACAAAGAGGCCGAGCUGCGCCUGAAGGGCAGCAGCAACACCACCGAGUGUGUCCCCGUGCCCACCUCCGAGCACGUGGCCGAGAUCGUGGGCAGGCAAGGCUGCAAGAUUAAGGCUCUGAGGGCCAAGACCAAUACGUACAUCAAGACGCCGGUGCGCGGCGAGGAGCCCGUGUUCAUGGUGACCGGACGGCGGGAGGACGUGGCCACAGCCCGACGGGAGAUCAUCUCGGCGGCCGAGCACUUCUCCAUGAUCCGCGCCUCACGCAACAAGUCCGGCGCCGCCUUUGGCGUGGCUCCCGCCCUGCCCGGCCAGGUGACCAUUCGCGUGCGGGUGCCCUACCGCGUGGUGGGGCUGGUGGUGGGCCCCAAGGGGGCCACCAUCAAGCGCAUCCAGCAGCAGACCAACACGUACAUCAUCACGCCGAGCCGCGACCGCGACCCGGUGUUCGAGAUCACGGGGGCGCCGGGGAACGUGGAGCGCGCGCGCGAGGAGAUCGAGACGCACAUCGCCGUGCGCACCGGCAAGAUCCUCGAGUACAACAACGAGAACGACUUCCUGGCGGGGAGCCCCGACGCCGGGCUGGACAGCCGCUACUCCGAGGCCUGGCGUGUGCACCCGCCCGGCUGCAAGCCGCUCUCCACCUUCCGCCAGAACAGCCUGGGCUGCAUCGGCGACUGCGCCGUGGACUCGGGCUUCGAGGCGCCGCGCCUGGGCGAGCAGGGCGGGGACUUCGGCUACGGCGGCUACCUGUUCCCGGGCUACGGCGUGGGCAAGCAGGACGUGUACUACGGCGUGGCCGAGACCAGCCCCCCGCUCUGGGCGGGCCAGGAGAACGCCACGCCCACCUCGGUGCUCUUCUCCUCCGCCUCCUCGUCGUCGUCGUCGUCCGCCAAGGCCCGCGCCGCGCCCCCGGGGGCGCACCGCUCCCCCGCCGCCUCCGCGGGGCCCGAGCUGGCCGGCCUGCCCAGACGCCCGCCGGGGGAGCCGCUGCAGGGCUUCUCCAAACUGGGCGGCGGCCUGCGGAGCCCCGGCGGCGGGCGGGACUGCAUGGUGUGCUUCGAGAGCGAGGUGACCGCCGCCCUGGUCCCCUGCGGACACAACCUCUUCUGCAUGGAGUGCGCAGUACGCAUCUGCGAGAGGACGGACCCGGAGUGUCCCGUCUGCCACAUCACAGCCACGCAAGCCAUCCGAAUAUUCUCCUAAGCCCCCUGCCCCGGGCCUCCGGGCUCCCUCCCUGGGCCGAGGGCGCCCCCACCUCCACCCCCUGCCCUGGAUCUGUUUUCCACCCGGGCCUUUUGGAAAUCAGUGGGCUCAGUGGGCAAGGUGCUUAGACGUACUCGAUCCGUGGGGAGGGGGCGGGGAGGCGACGGUGGCUGGGGUGGGGUGGGGUGGGCCACCUUCAGAGCCUCUGGCCACCCCGUCCUGGAAAGGUUGGGAGGGGGCCAGGCAGGAAAUUUUACUAGAGUUACAACUCUGAUACCUCAACACACCCUUCUAUCUGGAAGCAGCUACGAGAAAGUUUUGUUUGGCUAGAGGGGGUCGCUAAGGCAUUCUGACCCCCUCUGCCCAGCCCCCCAUCUGCACCACACCACCCCUUCCUCUCUGGAGGGGAUUGGGGAAAGGGAGGGGGAGAAUUACCAUCUGUAUCUGGAGGUGCUCUUUCCAGCCCUCUCUGGCCCUGACCUUUGACCUCCUUAUGUGACCCUUUAGACCCCCCACCACCACCCCCCAACCGCCAUAUCCCUGUUUGGGCAUCUGCUCCUGGGUUUCCAGUGGUCUGAGGGAGUUGGGGCCCUUUCAGAAGUCUGCACAGAUUCCCUGGGGUUGGAGGGGAGGCGUGUCCAUCCAUAAAGGGCUCAGAGCUCAUCUCCCCACAGAGCUGGAUGGAGGGGUGUGGAGAGCAAGCUCCUCUCACCCUCUCUUCCCCAUCUCUCCUCCCCUUGGGCUGUCCUCUCCUCUCCGCUCCUCCUCCCGCCAGCUCUCCUCUUUGCUUCCCCUUGAGGGCUGUCGUCCCCAGCUCUGUCCUCCUCUGUCUCUUUCUUCCCUACUCCCCCCUCCUUCCUGCCCCUUCUAGUCCAACUUUGGGCUCACCAUCCCCUGGGGGAGAAGUAGGGGAGAAGAGCAUUUGGAUGAACCCCCCCUUAAUUCCUCUUCUGGCACCUGGAGGCCCUCCCCACUCCUCCAAAGAAACACCUCGAAUUCUUGAUAGAAUGUAUCCCCAUUCUCAGUGAAAAUUUGAGGAGGGGACUAAUAUUGGGGUACAUCAGGGGUCAAACCUCUGCCUCUACCAUCUUUGGGCAUUGUAUUUAGGGAGCAGUUCUUGGGCUGGAUCUUCUGGCGGCAGGCAGAGGAGAGACAGGGUCGCGUGUCUGCUAUUGAAGGGACAGGAAGGAGCCUGAGGCAGGUGGAGAGGCUGGUGCAUGGAGGGGCUGCUCCUCCCCCUGCCGCUCCCAGGGCCUGUGCCCCCUCUCUGGACCUGACCCAAACCCCUAUUAGCAGGCAAAUCAUGAAGUCUCUGUCCCACCCAUUGUGGUUGUGGGGAGAGGCUGGGGCUUCAGAGAGAGUUCAGUCCUGGACCAGGCAGGAUUGGGGUGCGACAUUUUGGUCCGGUAUUGCUAACAAGCCUAGGACCCCACCCCCCCCACCCCCACUGCUUCCCUAAGGCUCACUUGGGGCUGCCACCAGCCUCCCACCCUCCUGGUUCCGCUGGCCGGGCCAGGAGAGGGUGGGGGGUGGGGGUCCCUGGGGGGUUCCCAGGUGAUUCUUGUAUAUAGCGGGGUAGGACUGUCCUAGGUGAUCUCUGAGCACUUAGGCUCGGGGAGUCCCAUUCUGUCUGAUGGAGAGGGGGUGCAGGGAUGGAGGUAUGGGGGGAUUUCCUCCUCUCCUUCCUCCUGUUGUGAAUUCACUCACCUCUCCUCAGCCUGCCCCUCCAGACCACCAGCCAGGGAGGGGAGAGGAAGGAGGUCACAGUCAGGAAAGUGGCCUGUGACAGCUUCCCUCCUUCCCGCCAAUGUGAGCCAUCCCGAGAUGUGUGUACAAUAGAAACCAAACCAAAUGGGUGCUCUCGGCCUGUCGGUCGCCGAGGGGGGUGGGGAGGGGGGUGGGAAGAAGGGAUGUCUGUCUGUCGCUCCCCUCCCCCUCUCCACUUCUUACCCUCAAAGGCAGAAGACUGUUAGGCUAGGGGGCUCAGAAAAUUAAGUCCCGCCCUGGCUAAUUGAGCCAAACCUAGAAACCAACGCAAAACACACAUAGUGAGAGACAAAACAGAGGAGAGAAAGAGCGUGAGAGGGAGCGAGAUAGGCAAACAACACAGAGGAGACAAAACAAAAAUAGCAAAAAAAAAAAAAAAGCAGUUCUUUAUAAUUUAAUAUUCUAUUUUAAUAAAGGCGUUUAUUACCGUAUAAAUGUAGCAAAGAACCUGGGCUAAUAUGAAAAAAAGACUUUUUAUUAGGUAAUUUAUUAUAUGAAAAGGAUAUUUUAUUUUAUGAUAAAGUGAUCCUUAAAAAAAAUAAAAAAACUUUAGAAGGUUUAGAAUAUAUGUAGGGAGAGAAGAAGAAAAAAAAAUACAUUUGUAUUCAGAGUUAAAUCUUAAAAAAAAAGUGUUUUUAAUAUAUGUUCGGGUUUACGUUCCUUUUUUCCCCCACUUUUAUUUGGGGAGGAAUGUCAUUUGCUUUUUGUGGGGAGCGUCCUGGGAUGUGUGGUGGAGAUGGGGGUCCUGGGGGAAACCUGGUCCCUCUGGGGCUCCAAGUAGAUUGGAUUUCACUCCAUGGGCCCCCCUCCCCGCUCCCCUCCCCCUCGGGGGGAGCCGGCAGAGCCAAACAAAGAAAGGGAUUAACAAGAAAGGAAGAGCGCUUGGACUGAGGAUCCUGGGCUGCCCCCCCCUCCCCUGCCCUGUCCCAGGGGCGAGUGGGGAGGGGAAGUCCAGAGCUGAGGCCUAGCAGGCCUGCGGGAACCCUCAGAGAGGUGCGAGAUUUAAGAGAACUAGUUUUGUUUUGUUUUGUUUUGUUUAACCAAAAUGAGAGAGAGAGAGAGAGAGAGAAGAAAAAGAAAGAAACCGAGGGGUUUAAAAGAAAAGAAUACUACAAAAUAAUAAUUAUUAAUAAUAAUAAUUCAAAUUUAUUUCAUAUAAUCCUAGAGAAAAAGAAAGAAUUACUAGUUACUUAGUAGACGAUAUUCAGAUAGCUUAAAGUUUAGUAGCAUCGAGGGCCCCUGGGUCCAGUAGAAUGUAUAAAAGUUGUAACGAAAGGAAAGUAGAUGAGGGACGCGGUCAAGUGCACCCUGCAUGUGGGGAACCCCAUCUCCAGAUACUGGGCAGGAGCAGGCUGCUAGCUGAGCUCAGAGCUUCUGGUCUGCUGGGGUUGAUUCUGAGAAUCCUUGGAUUUUUAAAUUGUAGGACAAACAGAUGAGGGGCUCCGUCCCCUGGGUCUUUGAAAGAUGGACACUGAUCCAUUUCAACUACAUGGGAGCUGGGCCGGCGGGGGGCGGAGGGGAAGGUGAGCGCCUUCGCCUGUGCCCUUGCCCCUGGGGGCCCACCACCCUGUCCGUCCCCAGGUCUCUGCAGAGCAGUCCUUACUCCUAAGUGCUGUGUCUUCUUGGGGCUCUCGGGGAGGGUGGAGGCUUCCCAGCUCAGACCCUCCCGGACCUGCUUCUCCCAGGCCCGAGGAAGUCCUUCUUAAAGUGUAGCCUCGAUUCACCCCGCGGGGAAUUGAUUCAAGAGCCUGGUGGGUCAUUCUAGAAACAGACACGCACACACCCCACCUUUCUGGGGCUUCAUGAGGGCUGGGGGUCAGGCCCCUGUCCUCGCUCCCACCCGGUAUCCCACUUAGUUUUUGCCCUCCGUGGGAUUAACAAUCUCAGUCAUGGCUCUUUCUCCGGGCCUGCUUUGGCUCCUAGAAGUUAGAUUCCAAGAAGGACUUCCCACCCACUGGGGUACAGUGGAGAUACUGUCCUUGAAGGCCUGGGAGAAUGGGGGCCCCCAGGGGUAUGAAGGCAGGGGGUGGGCAGCAGGGACUGGGUUGGGACUGGGUGCUGCCCCUAGCCCUGUGCUCCAGGCCACCUGCAGCUCUAAGUGUUCCAGACGGGGCGCCCCCGGUGCCCUGGCCUGGGGGCACCUCGCCCUCCCCACAGGAAACCUGGGAGCGUGGCUUUGCAUGUGAGAAAUAACCUCCUGUUUUCUAGCACUUGCCUUCCACCAGCCCCGCUCAGGGCCGGCCCUCCUUCCCGUCCCAGGGAGCACAGGGGACCUGCUCCAACGUCAUACUUGAGGCUCCGUCGUGCCCCUCCCCGGCCCUCAGCCCCCAACACAUCUCCCUCUCCCCAGUUUACUCUUCUCACCCCACCUAGGGAGAGUCCCCCCUGCUCUUUUUGUCCUAGAAACCCCGCUAGUUUGGGAAGGUAGAGUCUGGGGUGGGGAGGGCUUCCCCUUCCCACUGGAGGGUGCGGGUGGGGUAGGGUGGGAGGGGAGACAGCCCUGGGGCAGGGGGGUGGUCUCCACUGUAGAAAGUAGAGUAGGAUUGUGGUCAGACUUAAUUUGAGGCAUCUAGUGAGGACACGUAAAAAUCCACCAAGGAAAAAUAUUUCAGAAGCAAAAUAAAGGCAGGAAACAAAACGAACCCAUGGAUAAUCAAGUCAAAGUGAUGUUGCACAAAACGCAGAGAAACCAAGAAGGGGGAGGGCUACUGUAUUAAAUGUGCUAUUAAGAACUUAAUUUUAUUAAAAGUAUUAUUAAUUAAG